AUGAUUUAUUUACUAUUGAUUCUAUAUUUAAUCACCACCAGUAAAUCAACACCUCCAUCAUGUUUUUUAAGUUGUAUAUCUGAAAUAUCAAAAAUAAAUUGUUCAAAUAAUUUAAGUAAUUUAGGUUGUAUUUGUUUAAAUGAAGAUCAAAUUGUUGGUUGUUUAAUUGAUAUAUGUCCUUAUGGUACUUUUAAUAGUGCAAGAGAUCAUUUCUUAGGUACUUGUUUAGAACAUGGUAAACCUUCAAUUACAAAUCCUUAUCCUCCUCCUGCUUCUUGGCCCCCAAAAGAUUAUUUAGAAAAUUUACCUAAAAUUGAGGAAUCUCCUCCAAUUAAUCAUCAAACUCAAUCACUGCUUGCACCUUUAUAUGAGCAACCAAUACAAGAAAAUCCACCACCUGUUUAUCAAUCACCAGCUCCUGUACCACCAGUUCCUGAACCACAAAUUCAACCACAGAUUCCAGAACGAAUUCCACCACAACAAGAACCGGAACAUGGACGAGAACGUUCACCUCCUCCAUUUCCAUCUCCACCGCCAGAUGUAAGACCUGAAUUACCACCUAUUCCACAAAAUAGAGAAUCAGCACAUUCUAUAAAGGAAGAUGAUAAUAGUAUUGAUUCUGAUCCAUGGUUUAAUCCCGGUAGACACGACGCGUAUGAUCCAAAUAAACCAAUUGAAUGGGAAGAAAUUGAUACAUUAGAUGAACAUGGUGAUUUUAUUGUUGUUAAAAAACCAAUUAAUGUCCCCCCUAAAUUACGUGAUAAAUCUAAAAUUGGUAAUUCAAGAAGAGUCACAAUUGAACAACCUUCCUCCAAUCAACAACAGCAUCAAAGUAAUUUUUAUAAAUCAAAUAAUGGUAAACAAAGAUUCAAUGAUAAUUUUAGAAAUUCAAAUAAUAAUAAAUAUUUAUUCAAAACUAAUAGAAUUAUUGAAUCAUUACAACCAAAAGGUACUAAAUUAUAUCGUUUUAAAAAUCGUAAAAAUCAACCAAGACAACCACCUUCAAAAUCUUCAAAAGUUACUCAAGUUUCUCGAAAAAUGAAUCCUUCAAUUCCUAAACAUCCCAUUUUAAAUUGA